AUGGAUUCACUCUCCAAUGUCUUUUUCGGCUUCGCUUUCUUCUCUACUGUUGGUCACGUGGCCUUCCAGCGUGGAGUAACUGUUGAAGCGUUUCAAUCCUCUGGGUUUGACCUAAGCUUCAUCGUGUACCCUGAGGUCAUUUCUGCUCUCCCACUGGCACAGCUAUGGUCUGUGCUGACCUUUUUGACCUUGAUAUCAUUGAAUAUCGAUACUAUGGUUCCGUGUGUGGACAUAGUCGUCGCUGCCUUGGAAGAUGUCUUCCCCAAGUUGAUGAAACAACGCUGGCUCACCAUCAGUGGUGUACUCCUCAGUCUCUUCCUGUUUGGUCUGAUAUAUAUUUCACAGGGUGGGAUAUUCGUGGUGACGCUGGUUGACUGGUACGCCUACUUCCCAUCAACGGCCGUGUUGGGCAUCCUUGAGUGCAUCGUUGUAGGCUGGUGUUAUGGAACAAAAAGGCUCCAGGAGGACGUCCGUACGAUGUGGGGAAAGACUAUACCUCGAGUCAUGGUCAUUAGUUUCAAGUUUGUGUGUCCUCUGUUUCUAGUUGUGAUCUGCUGCUACUCCCUGUACUCCUACCGACCCCCUCAGUACCAUGACUACAUCUACCCCACCUGGGCAACAGCUGUUGGAUGGCUCAUAGCCUUUUCGUCACUCCUGCCGUUACCGACUGUCUUCAUCUGGACGGUUUACAACACUCAAGGGGCAACACUGAAAGAGAAAUUGAAGAAAACUUUCGAACCCAAUGAAUACUGGAGGCGAUCACCGCCAGAGGAAGAAUUCACUGAAGUUCUACAACCGAUGGAAAAUGAUGUCUCAUCAUUUGACCUUGCCGCUGACAAGAUCGAGGAGAGUAUCAGCCACUCGGUGUUGCUGAUCCCGGAAUCUAUCAUCUGCUAG